AUGGCUGAGAAACAGCCGAGGAGGAGAAGGUCAGAAGAACAAAAACUGAAAAAGAAGGGCUAUGAUCACGCGAGGGGGAAGAGCCGCGUUAACAUCGGUGAGGCUUUCCAACGGUGGAGAGACCUCCGAGAGGUGAAAGGCAUGAAGGCGGAUGUGGAGGUCGCUCUGUUUCUGCUCGACAGUUACAAAAGGUACAUAAAGGGUCCAUCAGCAUCAACCCUCCUGAAGACUGGGAGUAACCAUGAGCUACCACCUCCCCCAUCACUGGCUAGCAAUGGCACUGAAUCUCAAAGGUAUGAAAAGAGAUCCUCAAUAAUGAUGACCUCCACUGGAGCUUGCAUACAAGAGCCUUCAAGUCUUAGACAUGUAUCAGCCUCUGAAAGUUUCGAUGAGGUGGAGGUCACUAUUGAUGAGGAUGAUUGCAACAGUGUGAAGAACAGAAUAUCUGACUUGGAUAGUGAUAUUGAAAACAUCACAGAAACUACUGAACUGAAAACAUCAGGAGCAGAUGACAGCUGUGAUGAAGAAGUUUACGUACCACUAAUUCCCACUAAUACCUGUCCACAACAUCUGAGCUUUUACUUGAUUGUGAAGAGGAGGAGCUGGAGCCAUGGCAGAAACAAACUUCACAAGUUCACUGUAAAGAUGAAGAUGACGUUGGAGAGCUGACCGAACAAGAGAAAUGCAGUGAUGACUUCACCACCGAAGUUGAAAACAGAAACUGAAGAGCCUGUUGUCUUCAACAACCAAGGAUUCAUUGUGGCUUCUCCACAAUUAACAAGCAACACUGAGUUCAUUGGCUCCCUUGGGAUACAAUGUCCUCCCAGGAAUUCGUUUGCAGUAGUACCAGCUGGUCACCAGCAACUUUUCCAGAAAGUGGCUACAGCCACAGUAACACCCGGGGCCUAUGGUGGUGUCCAUUCUUCUGAGGUGCAGCAAAUCAGCAACAACCCUGUGUCCUUAUCGAGUGUCCAGGGUCCUGCAGUAUAUGCAACAUCAUCUAACCAGCUACAGUCAGACCAGUCCAACUCACAGGCCCUCUCUGUAUCGGUUUCUCGGCCUCGCUUUACCGUACUUGAACUUGAAUCAACUGGCACAUCAAACAAACAAUAACUAUAAAACUUAAAUGAAGCAAGAUGAAACCAACAGUUAUAAUUGGUGAGUUCAGUAAGUCAUCUCACAUAAAUGUGUCAUAUCAAUUGCACAAAUUAAUAUGUUAUCUGCAUAUUUAAGUGUCUGUGCAGGCCACUGUGAGUCCAAGACCAAAAGAAAAAAGUGGUA